GUCAGUGUCAAAACAGCAAUCUGUAACAAUUACAAAAAACUGCAUUUUAUUCUGUGCUGCUGGGUAGUGUAUAUGUUUUGCAUUAGUGUAGUUAAGCGUAGUGUUUUCUCAUACAAAUAGUAAAACGCAUACGCGUAGCUUAGAGAUACUUUUAAUGAGACUGUUUCAUCUAUAAUAGAACGGAAAGUCCGUGGUUGGCUCAGCGGAGUCAUUGAAGACAUGAGGCGGAGCAGUCCAGUACAACAAUGGCUAGAUUCACUGCCCACAGACACUGAGGUUGAGGAGAAACCAGCUGAAGACCAAGUGGAAACCACAUACUCCGAUGAAAACAAAGCAGAUGAUUCUGUGACCGAGAACACUGUGGUUGAAGCAAGUAAUGUAGAACUUAAAGAUGAUAAAAACUUAGAUGUCCCAACACAAAGAGAAAUAUGGAAGCGGAAAUCUUUAGAGAGUGGGAUGCUUACAAGUACACCAAAUAAAAGUGUUAAGAAGAAACUCCAAAGGGAUCACUCAGUUCAAUCAGAAGGAUGUGUACCUAGAUUUAAGAAUCCAUUGCUCAGAGAUCACUCUUUACAGUCAGAUGCAAGUGGAUCAAGUAGCAGUUCAGUGCUGAAUGUGCUUGGAGCCAGGAAAGUGGAUGCUGAGUCAGUUCUAUUGGCACUUGGCUUUGGCCCCAGUGAAAAGCAACAAAAGUUACAAAGAAUACCAGAUCGCUUCCUUGUACCUUCUAAGCUAAAAGGCAUAAGCACUGAGAAAUUUAUAAAGGAUGAACAGCUCUCUAUGCGCAUGCAUGACUGUGGCAUAUUUGGAUACAGAGGUCUUACAGGGAAUCCCCAUGUACCACCAUCGACAAUUGUAGCUAAGAUAAUGGAGUGUAUCUUGCACGACAACGUGUGCCGCGAGGAGGCGCUCAUGAAGGCGCGGCACUCUAUCGCGGACCUGCGCGGCGCCCCGGCGCUGCACGCCCAACUGGCACGCGCUGCGUUCAACAGGCAAACCACAAACUAGGCACUUUUACUUAAAUCACUCUGUUACUUAAUUUUUUCAUAUAUCUGACACUUCUAUUUCGAAAUAAUUAUAAUUUUAAAAGCUCAAAUGAACUCUUAUGUGAAUUCGUGAGUUAAGAAUUGACGGUUUUAAACUUAGACUAUUUUGUGAAUUUAAAAUAUAUUGUAUGGGUAAUUUACGAAGUUGACAGUUUUUCUGUUUUGCUUUAGCUUUUUGGUUUGUUUAAUUUUCGUGAUAAGCGUUGAGCUCAAUUCUUUAAUUAAUAGUAAAAGAUAAAUCGUGAUGUGUUAGGUAAUUAAAAAUAUGUUUUGAAAAAUAGUAGUUUGUGUGGUUGAUUUAUAAUAAAAAUAUUUGUCAUUUGGUUGUGCAAUAUGUGGUAUACAAGCGCAUAAAUUUUAGUAUACGUUUUAAAUAUAACAUAUUACAAUUUAUAGAAAUUUAAAUUUAACCAUGCAAUUUAAUAGAGAAAAGAAAUAAGUCGUUUCUAUAAAACCCAUAGAAAAAAACACGAAAUCUUUUUAAAAUCCCAACAUAUAAUACAUUGACCUAUUUGUUUUUAGUGCCAAAAUAAAAAAGACGCAAACAUAGCUAGUCAAAUAAAAAUGUCAUAGAAAUAUGUAUGUUAUGAUUAUUUUAAAGUAAAUAUCUCCUCAUAUCAUUAGAAUACAUAGGGUUAUAUAUAAAGUUUAUACAACUUUUAAAACGUUUUCGUUCCAAAAGUACUUAUUGUUUGUUAAAUCGUAUUUUAAAAAGUAAAAAGUAAU